UACAAUAUUAACAAGUUUUUCCCGCUAUAUCUAUUUGGAUCGAAUAAAGUUCAUUGUUUAAACUUUUGAAGAGACACAGACGGCUUCGCCUUUGGACUAGAAGAGAGAAAAAUGGAAGAUCCCAUAUCGAAGUUGAGGAAAAGCCUAGGUUCCUUCUGCAACAACCUCCAGAGAAGCUGCGAUGCCCUCACGCAGUCCGUCGACCGCCGCCCCAUUCCUCUCGAUUCGGCAUCUUCGACAUUCAUACAAUGCCUGAACCGCCGGGUCUCAAGUGUAAGCACAGAUCUCAAUUUGCUGGAAUCAAUGUCCUUCGGAACUGUGUCUUUCGAGGAGCUAUUGGGCCAUUGCAAUGAGGUCUACAAGAAAAACCAGUCAGAUCUCUUUCUUCUAGAAGAACGUCUCAAGAGCCUUGGCUAUAUCCCUGAUAUUGGGAUUGAUGAUGGAGAUGGGCCUUUAAGUAUAUCUAGGCGUCUUGAUUUGGACUUUGAUGAUACGGAUUCGGAGGAUGGGUUGGACCAACCCUCUUCAUACUCCGGGGCCGUCUCUGAGGUCAUGAAGAGUUUGGAAGAGGACCCUCUAAUGGACGAGUCCUUGAGUCUGAAGAAACUUGGUCUUUCAGAUGUUUGUCUUGCCACUUUAGCAUCUGAAGCUAAUGCUAAGAUUGAUGAUCCCUAUGUCCCUGUGCGAGAAUCAGCCAAUCGUCUUGGCAACAUGCUACAUAAUAUAGAUGAUUCAUACCCGUCUACUGGAAAGUCCCUGGGGGCAAUCGGAGGGGAAAUGGAAGAUGACAUAAAACCAGUUGAAGCUCUUAGGCCCUCUCUAAAGGCAUCAAAGGAUAACUAUGAAAGUCUGCCUGACUACAUCAAAAGUUUAGCAUCAUGGGAGGAUCUUCUUGCUGCUGUCGAGAAAAUCAACCUAAGCCUGAGCAAGAAGGACAAAACAAAGGAAAGUAAUUACUUCCACCAAGAUGAAAUUGCAUCACUGGAUUUGGGGCCCAAAGCUAGAGCCUACUUGUUGCUGCUAGUGCGCAUGAAUCACUUGGUUGUUGAAACUAUAGACGGCUCGAUAUCAUAUCGUGUUCUGUAGAGGUAAAUUUAAGAGCUCUCAUUAUAUUUCAAAAUUAGAUUUUUUAUCCUAUGUUGAGUCUACAUUAGACACUGCCACCACAUAAAAAUCUGUUAGAUUGGAGUGAAUAAUAAUUGGGUGGCUUAAUUUUUACAGC